AUGUCCCCCGUCAACAGCACCCCUCCUCCUCCUGGUGUCUACGUCCCGGCCGUUCUCUUCUUUGACGAGAACGAGGAAUUUGACGUGCCUGCCAUUAAGGCACACAUCCUACGGCUGGCGAAGGUGUGGGGUGUGACGGGGGUACUUGUGCAAGGAAGUAAUGGCGAGGCGCAACAUCUCUCUCACGAUGAGAGGAAAGAAGCUAUACGUCUGACAAGGCAGACGCUUCAUGAGAACGGCUUUCAAGAUGUUGUAAUCAUCGCGGGUACAGGCGCACAGUCUACUCGGGAGACAAAGAAGCUCUGUGCGGACGCCGCAGAGGCUGGAGCGGCUUACUGCCUCGUGUUAACGCCGUCCGUCUGGCCCGCCCAGAUGACAGCCGAAAAGAUUUUUAAGUUCCACCGAGAUGUCGCUGAUGCCUCCCCGAUCCCGACCAUGGUGUAUAACAACCCUUUCGUCACAGCAGGUCUCAACCUCGAUUCAGAUAUCAUCGGCGCUCUCGCCCAGCAUCCCAAUAUUGUCGGUACCAAGCUGUCCCGCGGAACAAUUGGAAAGCUGCACCGCCUAACAUCCUCCGUCCCCGCGUCGAAGUUCGCCACCUUCCCGGGCAUGUCCGACGUCUUCCUACAAGGUCUCGUCUCAGGCAGCGCAGGGCUUAUAUGUGCCCCUCUGAACAUCGCGCCGAAAGCGCACAUGGAGAUUUACAGACUCUAUAAGGCGGGCAAGCUUGAGGAAGCGACGAAGAUUCAGGCACUGCUUGGCCAUGCUGAUUGGGAGCUGCGCAAGCUGGGCAGCAUUGGGGGCAUCAAGGCUGUUGUGUCGAAGCACUUUGGGUACGGCACAACUGUCGUGCGUAACCCGCUCAGCGCUGUGGUCAUUACAACGACCAACACACAGAAGCUGGAUGAGUUGAUUGCGCUCGAGAAGUCGUUGUAGAAGCAGAAGUACUCCUGGUGUAGUGGUAUCUCGCGGUGCAAUGGAUUGCUGCCGUCCACAUCAGCUGCGACUCAUAGCGCCUGUCUCGGCAACAUCGUGCCCAACAUGAGACUUUGUGAGGGGCGAGGUAAUCUCGGUGAGAGCCAAAUUAUUCGUUCUCGCUGUUCCUCGCACCUAGGGCAGUGGACUCCUUCUUCCCUGACCCUUUGCACACUAUGCCGACAUAGCCGAGGUGCAGAGGAUAUCGGUUGCUAGAGAGGAUCAUCGCGCCUUAUUCCGCAGGCACUAGCUUCG